AGGAACAACAACAACUACUACAACAACGACAAUAAUUCCGACACAUACACUAAAAAAUAUAUACACAAAACCUUUACCUCUAUUGAAUAAAGCAGAAAAUGAAAAUAUACAAGAAAUCUCUGCUGGUAAUAGAAACUUUAUGGACCGAUCUCCAAGCAAUACUUUUCAUCCUACUGCUCACCAACAAUAUAAUAAUGUAGAGAUCCAGGAAAAUUAUGGUACGACUACAACAAAUAGAGUUAAAAGUGUAUAUAGUAAGCCCUUAGCUUUGCUAAAUCGUACAGAACCACAAAAUAUUCAUGAAGUGCCAAUUAUUAAUAAAAGUACUACUGAGAAACCUGAAAGAGAGAAAUCACAUAAAUUUUCAGUCCCACAAUAUCACAGUUAUAGUGGUGAAGAAAUACAGGACGAUGAAACAACAAAAAGUAUAUAUGCGAAAGAACCUAAAAUAAAAUAUGUGUCCACUACCGAUUUUCCACAAUAUCAUAGUGGAGAGACAACGCCGACGGAUUGUAAAUAUUGUUGCAGUGAAGAAAAAUUCCCGUGUGCACAAUGUUGCGAUGUUGGGCCAAACUUAAGUGAAGGGCUUCUUAAAUCUUCAGGUGGUUAGUUUUGAAUAUAUAUUUUCAAAAAUUUAUUUGGAAAAUAAUAAUGAUAAUAAGAAAAAAUUCAUUUAAUUCUGAAGACAGAAUCUGAAAAUGAAACAGAAACAUCAGUACAACCACUGGUUAAUAGUUAAAUAAGAUAUUUUUGCAAUUUUACUUUAUU